AUGCUCGUCUCGGUGGUGGCGUGCAGCGGGCGCGAGCUCGCGGCCGUGGAGGCCGACCCGUCGUGGCAGCUGGGCGACCUCCUCGCGGCGGUCCCCGAGCAGGAGGAGGCGGCCGGCCACAAACUACGCAUCCUGUUCGGUGGGGCGGAGCUGUGCGGCGCCGCGACGCUGGGCGAGAUCGGGGUCCAGGGCGGCAGCGAGCUGACCCUCGUGGUCACCAGGAGGCGCCGCAUAGUGGCGUGCGACGGGGCGGUGGCGAAGGUCUGGGACGCCGACUCCGGGGAGUGCCUGCGCACCCUGGAGGGCCACGAGGGCGCCGUGAGGUCCGCCGUGUUCUCGGGGGACGGGCAGCGGGUGCUGACCGCCUCGCGGGACCGGACGGCGAAGAUCUGGGACGCCGACUCCGGGGAGUGCCUGCGGACGCUGGAGGGCCACCAGCGCGCCGUGAGGUCCGCCGUUUUCUCGGGGGACGGGCAGCGGGUGCUGACCGCCUCGGACGACUGGACGGCGAGGAUCUGGGCCGCGGACUCCGGGGCGUGCCUGCGCACGCUGGAGGGCCCCGUGCUGUCCGCCGUGUUCUCGGGGGACGGGCAGCGGGUGCUGACCUCCUCGACGGACGGGACGGCGAAGAUCUGGGACGCCGACUCCGGGGAGUGCCUGCGCACGCUGGAGGGCGCCGGGCACACGGUCAUGUCGAGACAACCGAGGCCCUCGCCGCCCCGCGACCCACCGACUGCGGUCGUGGACAUCGACGCGUGCGCCCAGGCGCUCAGCGUGCAGGAUGACGACCCCGAGACCCCGAUGAUGGUUGGCUUCCAGAACAUCCCCAACUGGUUCCUGCAGGCCAGACAGUUCCGCAUCGGCUUCGCCCACUGGCAGAACAGCAGGAAGGUCGCCAAUGACAUCGAGGAUAUCACAGGUGCCAGCUUGCAGGAGCAGAUGCGGAACGCCUUCGAGAUCACCAGCGACGACGACGACGACGAGUCUGUGGUCGUGCCGUACUUGAAAAGCUUGACUGGGAAAAGGGUGAAGCAUCGGCAUCACUUCGCCAAGAAGGACAAGAAGGACAAGAAAGACAAAAAGGACAAGAAAGACAAGAAGCACGCUAAGAAGGAGCCCGACGAUGACGACAACGGGCCGCUCGGGCAGAUCCCGUACAGCUUUGCCAGCAUGGCAACGCCCCGCAAGCGGCCAGCUGCGGCCGUCGACGUCCUAGAGCCUGCAGCGGCCAGCGGCAGCGGAUCACGGCCAACGGUCGCGAAGCGGCCCGCGGCUUGCAUGAAGAGGCCAGCUGCGGCGCCGCGCCCGCCUGCAGGCGGCGCGCCAGGCGACGAGGACGCCGACGCCGAGGACGGCGGCGCGGGCGCCGAGGGCAGCGGCGCGGGCGCCGAGGGCAGCGGCGAGGCCGAGGGCAGCGGCGAGGGCGCCGAGGAGCCCGCCGAGGGCGCUGAGGAGCCCGCCGAGGCAGAGGAGGACGAGAAAGGCGAGGAGAUCGAGGAGGCUGAGGAUACCAAGCCAAGCGAGGACGACAGUCCCGAGGUGAUCUUCGUCGACGACGGGGAUGGCGGUGAGACGAGCUGCAAGAUGAUGAGCACGCACGACUCCAACUGGUACUGGCUGAAACGAGUGCGCCGCAACUCCGAGGGCUACGAUUGCCUCUACUACAAGAAGGAUGGCGAUAAGAAGUACACUCAGCUCCUCAUGGUCUCCGACAAGAAGUUCGAGGACAUCUGCGGCAAGUGGUCCAGCCAGCACUGCAGCUUCGUGUUCAUCAAGAAGUGCUUGGACUGGAUCCAGAGGGAGGGCACGGUGUGCGAAGACAGGUGCGCGGCCCUCAAGAAGGACGUCUACCUCGAGAUGACGGGCCGCUCCUGGCGUCGAGUUCGGGAUCGAACGCCCGUGGUGAUCGGCAUAUGCAUGGCCGUGGUCGUGAUCAGCAGCAUCGACGAUCACGAGAUCGUCGGCAUCAGCAUCGUCGACAUCAGCAUCGACGAAUUCAUGCUACUGCGAAUGCAGGCAAGCGGCACGGGUGAGUGGGGCGGCUGCGCCCGCACGGACGUGCGCAUGUUCAUCAUCGUGCAGCUGGACCUGGGCAUCGCGGUUGGCAGGACCCACUUGGCAAAACAGAAGAAAGAGGUCAAGGACGAAUACGAAAGAGCCACCACUCUGGACCACAAGGAGUGGUUGAAUAAGUGGCGCAAGCACGGCGCCCAGGGGUGCAAGGAAAAGAUGAACAUCAAGGGCUCCACAGAUCAGUGGCGCAACUGGGACGGCCUACUGGCCGUGUGCGGGUGGUCUGAGCAGAACAAAGACACGCCCACUGGCCAGAGGGCCUACGCUCGGGCGGAAGUGGUCCGCGCCAACUGCGAGAAGCUGAGGAAGACGCACACCACGGUGGAUACCCAGACUGGUGAGACGCUGUACCGCCGCAUCGAGAGGGUGAGCACGGAGACCAGGAGCCACAAGCAGGAGCUGAAGACCACGCGCACUACGGGCUUGAAACCUAUCGCCGAGGUGACGUCCAGCGACCACAGGUCGGCCAAGAGCCGAGUGGACCUGGGGGAGGCUGCCAAGAAGACAGAGCUGCAGCAUGCCGACGAGGACUCUGAAUACUCCUACGGUGAGGAGUCGGAAUCCGAGAGCUCCGAGUCCGAGUCUCCCGAACGUACCAAGCAGGCCGUGCCGGCUGGCGGCUCUGCAUCGACAUCCCGUGUCGACAGCGACAAAGUUCAGGCCAGCGAGUGGGGCCAGAUGCUCGGCGAGGCGUCCCGCGUGGCCGCGCUCCUGCAAGGGCUCGACGUGGGAGGGGCGGACUCCCUCGCCGCAUGCUGUCUGCGUGCAGUGCUCAGCCUCACCACUCAGGUGGUCGAGCACUCGUGGCUCAAGCCGUACGAGAAGCAGAUCGUGGCCAGCCUCAAGAACCUCGAGGUGGUGAAGACUGCGAUGACGAUGUCACUGCAGGGCAAGUCAGCCCCUCAGUUGCUGCAUCAACUUAUGAAGUGGUCCAAGGAUCCCGUGGACAUGGCCGACAUGGCCGAGAAGCUGGAGGUGGAGGCGCUCAUCCGCCCAGGCCACCCAGUCGAACUGUCAUUCUGGCACGUCAACAACAGGGCUGGGCUUAACUUCGCUGCUCCCAUCCUGGGUGUUGUGGGUUUCACUGUGAGCAUGAUAUGUUUGGAUAUUAUGCACAUCCUCGACUUGGGCUGCACCCAAAGGCUCGUGGGCACAGUGUUUUGGAUGCUGAUUGAAUCUAAUUUUGCGGCGGCCACAGAUCGUACACUUUUGGUGCGGAGGAUGAAACAUAUGAUCGAGCUGAGAAGGCGCAUGAAAGCGUUUUACAUCAUGAACAGGGACGUGCUCGGACGCGGGAAGCAGUCUCGCAUUUGGAAGCUCAGCCUGAAAAUGUUAGGCGGCCUCGCGAGGCUGGCCGCCGGGGCAAGCGACCGGCCAGGCAUGUGGCAACAGUUCCACCCGCGAUGUGGCCUCGCGAUGUGCGCUCGCGCGCCGCUGCGGCCACCCGCUGAGCAACAGUUCCUGACCGCAGGCUGCACUCGCGUCUGCGCUGGCCUCUGCGCUUGCCUCUGCGCGCCUGCCUGCGCGCGCUUCCUCGGCGUGUUUCCUCUGCGCGCCUCCGCGCGCGUCUGUGGGGUGCUGCAGGCCCUGGCGCGGGCGGUCCUUGCAGCGGCGGCCAAAGAGGAGGCGGCCGGCCAUAAACUACGCAUCCUGUUCGGUGGGGCGGAGCUGUGCGGCGCCGCGACGCUGGGCGAGAUCGGGGUCCAGGGCGGCAGCGAGCUGACCCUCGUGGUCACCAGGAGGCGCCCCAUAGUGGCGUGCGACGGGGCGGUGGCGAAGGUCUGGGACGCCGACUCCGGGGAGUGCCUGCGCACCCUGGAGGGCCACGAGGGCGACGUGAGGUCCGCCGUGUUCUCGGCGGACGGGCAGCGGGUGCUGACCGCCGCGGAGGACGAGACGGCGAAGAUCUGGGCCGCGGACUCCGGGGCGUGCCUGCGCACCCUGGAGGGCCACCGUUUCCCCGUGCUGUCCGCCGUGUUCUCGGGGGACGGGCAGCGGGUGCUGACCGCCUCGCAGGACGGGACGGCGAAGAUCUGGGCCGCGGACUCCGGGGCGUGCCUGCGGACGCUGAGGGGCCACCAACACUAUGUGAAUUCCGCCGUGUUCUCGGAGGACGGGCAGCGGGUGCUGACCGCCUCGGACGACGAGACGGCGAAGAUCUGGGCCGCGGACUCUGGGCAGUGCCUGCGGACGCUGGAGGGCCACCAACACUACGUGAAUUCCGCCGUGUUCUCGGCGGACGGGCAGCGGGUGCUCACGGCCUCGGAGGACGAGACGGCGAAGAUCUGGGACGCCGACUCCGGGGAGUGCCUGCGCACGCUGGAGGGCCAAGAGGGCCUCGUGCUGUCCGCCGUGUUCUCGGCGGACGGGCAGCGGGUGCUGACCGCCUCGGAGGACGGGACGGCGAAGAUCUGGGCCGCGGACUCCGGGGUGUGCCUGCGCACGCUGGCAGGCCACGAGGGCGACGUGAGGUCCGCCGUGUUCUCAGGGGACGGGCAGCGGGUGCUGACCGCCUCGGACGACGAGACGGCGAAGGUCUGGGACGCGGACUCCGGGGAGUGCCUGCGGACGCUGGAGGGCGCCGGGUACAGGGCCUGCUUCGCGCCGUGA